AUGCCUCGCCAUAAAGUGGCCGAAGAGAGAAAACGAAUUGCGAAAGCAUGCAUCCUUUGCCAGACCAACAAGACAAAAUGCGAUGGCCUGUGUCCUUGCAGCCAGUGUAUUAAGCGGGAGAGAUCCACCGCCUGUUCUUAUUCAUCACACAAACGCUUAUACGGACGCCAACGGCGAUGGCCAAAAGACGCGGACGCGGACAUUUCCAAACCAACACAAAAGGAUGCAAAAGAAGCAGACAAUUCAUCAUUCGAUCAUCCCGACCCGCAUAUUAAGCGCACGCAACUCCACGAAGAUGAUGAAAAGCAUGGAAUACACAUUGCGAUCCCAAAACUCCCCAACACUAUGCGUGAUACGAAAGGGCAGUCAAUGUACUAUGGAGAUUGCGCGGCGCUCUCUUUCCUCCAAAACAUACAAGAACUCAUCCAGGGCGAACAAGAACUUGCUGAUGCAGCCAAAGAACUUUCUUCGCUCUCGGUAGUAGAAGAAGUUCCGUCGACGGAUGGUGAAAGUGUGUUGGCGUAUAGCAAUGCGAAUCUUGGCGACUUGGAAGCUUUGGUUCAAGCAUUCUUCACAUCGACCUGUGGCAUCCUCGAUAUUAUGGACCGAUCUUAUGUAGAAAACCUGCUCAGCGGCUGGAUCAAUGGGAAUAUUUCAGUCACAAGUAGCAGCGCUGCUAUACUGUAUCUCGUGCUUGCCUCCGCUUCUCAAAUACGAAGCAACUCUGCGCAAGAUCACCACCGCUCUCAGUCAUUCUUUUACCACGGCCGACGAAUUGCACUUUUGGAACUGACAGAGUAUCCUAGUAUGGAAACAACACAGGCAUUUAUGUUGAUAAGUUUAUACAUGCUUGGCAGCUGUCGAAGAGAUGGAGCACACUUGAAUCUGGGGAUUGCAAUCAGCGCGGCAAAAGCACUGGGGUAUCAUCGAGCUGAAGCUACUUUUACACAAUGCGAAGAGAACAAACAACUGAGGAAGCGAAUUUGGCGCACCUUGUGCUAUCACGAUUUAUUCUUCUGCGCAAUGAUGGGGCGAGCUCCAUUGGCCGCUGCGGUGGAUUCAGCCGAAGAAGAAGACAACCGGCAACCUGACCCAAAGCAUCCCGAUAAGUGCCAACAGCUCGGAAUGUACGAAUCAGCACGAGCCUUUUCGAUUUUGAAACAAACCGUCCUCGAGAUAUACACAAAACAUUCUGCGCCGUUGGAGCGACUCCAGCGGCUCUCUCGACAGCUUCGUGAAAUGGGAACAGCGCUGCCUUUUGAACUUCGCAGUAUCAGCCCUGCGGCAUUUCCAGAGCAUAAGUGUCCUAAGACGAGACAGCUCAUCAUACGGAAUGCUACAGUUGCUUGCAACUAUUAUUUCAGCAUGAUGCUGUUGACGAGGCCGUUUCUGAUCGCUUGCCUUAGGGCGAAAUACAACAAAACACCAAAGUCGACUCAAAGCCCUGAGUCGAAUAGUGGUUGUCAAGAAUCUUCAGAGGUUGACAAGAAUGUCAAACAUGGUGCCAUGACUUCGUUUGAUACAGCUCUAAAGACAAUCCAGCUGCUACAUGAGUUGUAUGUCAAUGGAGUGUUAUUUAACAAUAUGCCACUGGUUGUUGCAUGGACUUUUGUGUCGGCAUUGACCGUAUGUGCCGCCUACUUCGGACGACUAGGCGACGCCCGAGAAUGCGAACUUGUCAUCUACAGGGCAAACCAGAUACUGCAGCAUUUUAUGCCCUACAGCCCCCAAGCGAAGCAGUACGACCUUAUUUUGAAGAAGCUAUCCCGCGUCGCACUGAGCUGUAUAAGCGGUGCAGGGGACCAGCCCUACGACAACAGCAACUUGUUCUGGUCAGACUUAUUCAGACUGACUCCGGCGCAUCUGCAUAAGUUGAAGGAAGAGGAGACUGAUUCAACUUUGGACAUUAGUGAACUAUUUGGAUUGGGCAUACCAGAAGGAGAUGCCUGCUCUCUCUCGGAAAAGUUUGAAGCAUCACUGGGGACUGCCCAGACUGAUUCACCUAUGAGUGACAUUUUUCACUUUCCGGAUGGGGCGUAUAAGGAUUUUUCGAAUUACAUGUUGAUGACUGACGACUUUCUUUCUGAGCAGCAAGAUUUCUUCUUGAAUAUUUGAUGUCUUUUGGGUGGCAUCACUGCUUCGUUCAGCUGUUUCUUGCACUGAUUCAAUGUAGUUCUUUAGCAUGUUGAGGUCUUAUUUUGCCUCUGUAAUUUUUAUGAGUUAAUUUAU